GAUUAAACAUAUAAAAAUGUCUAAGAAAUAUUGUCAGCAAUGUCCUGUUUGUAAUGAAUUUACAGAUAAUCUUAUUAUUCAUGUCAAUAGUCACUUUGAAAAAGAAACCUUUGAUAAUAAAUCACAAGUUUUGAGGAAUAAAAGUGAAUUACCAAUUAUUUCAGAAAAUAAUGUAUUGACCAUUUUGAAAUGUACAGAUAAACAAUCACUUAUUUCAAAGAAUAAAAAUAAAGGUUCAGAUGAAGAGCAAAGGCAAAAAGCCCAAACUGCACAAAAAGAUUUGUUAAUACCACAAAGUAUUGAAGACACUUUGUUGGCAGCCCAAACUGCUCAAGAAGAUUUUUUGCUAGCCCAAGCUCUUCAAGAAGAAGAAAAAAAUGAUAUACUCAACAAAUGUGAUAGCGAUUUUUUGAUUGCUUUGAACUUACAAAAUCAUGAAGAUACAGUGCAUGAAAAAACAACUUUAGAAGCAGAAAGUGCUUCAAUAUUCAACAAAUAUAAAAAUGACUUUCUAUUAGCUUCAGAACUUCAAAGUUAUGAAAAUAUUGUCAACGAAAAGGAAGAUUUCAAAAAGCUACAGGCAAUGUAUGGAAUGAAUUCAUCAAGUGGUUUUAUGAAACAAUUUGAUGCUCGAGUUAGAAAAGAUGUGGGAAAGUAUAUAACAGUUUCUGAUUACUACAAAAAGAAAUCUGAUAUGUUGUCAUCACUUAUGGAGGGCAAAGAUAAUUUAGAAACAUCAACUAAAGGAAUUAUUGAUGCCUUAAAGAAUCAAUAUAUGUAUGGAGUAGUUGGAGUAAAAACAUUUAAACUUUGUUGUAAUGUAACACAUUUUGGUAUAAGUAUUGCUGACAGAGGAUGGGGUUGCGGAUAUCGAAACAUCCAAAUGUUAAUAUCUUCAUUAUUUGAACAUGAUCAAUAUAAGUUGAAAGAAACCAUGCCUGAUAUUCCAUCAAUUCCAAAGAUACAGGCUCUUAUCGAAAAAGCUUGGAGUGAAGGUUAUGAUCCAACUGGGAAAGAACAAUUAGAUGGAAAACUUCAAGGAACUCGUAAAUGGAUUGGAACUACCGAAGUUUGUGCAUUGCUACGUAGUUUAAAAUUAAAGGCACAAAUCGUUGACUUUCACAAACCAAAUGAAAAUUUGCAUGUAUUAAUGAUGGAAUGGAUUUGUGAUUAUUUUCAAAAUGGUUUAAAAGCUACCUUUAUAUCUGCAACAUCAAGUUGUUCAUCAGGAGAAAUCGUAAUGUGGUUUUUUGGUAAUUCAUCAAGAAAAUCUUUACUUAAAAUUCUCACUUCUCAAGUAUUAUCAUUUUUAUUUGUCACAUUAGCAUAUUUUGAAGAACAUGAGCUGAAACACAGUCACAGUCGACUUUGUAUUGGAAUUGAAGAACAUAAAGAUAAAGAAUGUUUCUUAUUGCUACUGGAUCCUUCGACUAAUGUGAAACAAAUGCAAAGUUUUAUUAGUUUACAGAAUCAAAAAAAUAUGAUAAAACAUUUUCGAAAGUCUAUUAAGCAGUUGAGACAAAAAGAAUUUCAAAUUCUUUAUAUUGAUGGAGCUAUUAAUAUACCAAAGGAAAUCCAGGAAAGCAAGUAUAUUUCAUCUAUUCGCAUUCCUUAGUAGUUGGCCAACAUUAUUGUUUUACAAAAUAAACAUUUAUUCACGUAUUUUCUCAAACAUCUCUUUUGCUGUUGUUAUGUAAAUUUCACACUAAAUAACCAACAAGAAAGUUUGAUGCGCGCCACGUGUAUAACCACAAUUGAUUUAUGAGGUGAUGCAGAUGUGGCCAUGUAUGGUUAUGCUAUUUAUAAUAAUUUAGUGGUAUAAGCAUUAUAGACAAAUGUAGACCAUAUGUGGCUACCACCUGAGUGGUAUAAAUACCAUAGUCACACACGGUUCACAUUUACGCCAUCCUAUAAGUUAAGUGUGGCUAUCAUUUAAUGAUACGUUCAGCCCGUAUCAAAUAGGCUUGAUGAAGUACAUUGGAUCACUUGAUUCCGAUCAAAGUUUUGCGUUGAGACUUUAAACAGUAUCGAUUAAACUUAUCUUGUCAUUACCGUGUCCAAUAAUAUUGUUAUGCUUGAUUUUUUUUACCAGUUAUUAGAUUUUUGCCGUUA